AUGGCAGAAGUUAAGUCAAUGUCGAGCAACGAGCACACGGACGGAGGUUUGGCGGAUGAGCACCCAAAUGAACACAGUCAACCUGCACCUGUUCAGUAUUUUGUAUUGAAGACGUUAAAAUCAUUAUGGAUGAAAAAAUUCAAACAAGAGCUAAGGGAAAUUGAAAAAAACGACACAGACGAAGGACGACAAAUAGCUGCUUCAUUCCUUCUCAAACAGUUAGGUUUCGUCCUCGGUGCAAUUACGGAGCGCUUGUAUAUACGGGUUGCAAUCACGCUGGAGCAGGUGUCGCCCCUGUUAACUCCGGGAGUUAGGUUUCGUCCUCGGUUACAACGUAAGAACGGCCGAGAAGCUACCGAGUUCUGGAAUCUCUUUGAAAAGAAGAGGGAGCUGGAAAAACAACAGUUAAGCACAUUAAAAGUCAUGGGUACUGCAGCUGUACAUCAAGUGGCUCAGUUAAUUGGACGUCUAUCGAACGGGCAAGAUGACAAGUGCGGCGAGGAUAAAGAUAAUGGCAAAAAUAUAGCAAACAUGAAACGACAAGGAGACGUCCAUCUCGAUCAAACAAAAUCAAAAUCCCGAAAAAUUGAUGCUCAUGAGCCAGCUGAUGGCCAGGUAGAUAAACAUCAGGAUGACGACGAAGCGAUUAGAGACAUUUUGGGCAACGCCUUUGAAUGCUCGGAGGCGAUGAAAACAGUUUGUUCAAUCUACGCGAAACAAAAUCCGGUUGGGGAUUUAAUCGACCUCCGUCUGUGUUCGCCCUUUCUCGGAAAGCUUCCAAGAUCAACAGCAGAAUCGUAUUUUUCUGAGAUGGACACUAUAACAGAAUCACUAAUUUCUACCGAUGUGCAUGAUUUUCUCGUUCGUUUCUUCUCACAAGCUACAACAGGCGAAGGGUGGCAAAAGAAGAUUGACGAUCUGCGAUGUCAAGACUCAGAUGAUUUUUUGAUGGUUGCCAUAGUGCGAAUUGUCCGAAGUACCCUGCCGCAAUUUAUAAAAGCGUUCUCUCUUGGCGCUCAAAAUCCUCUCCUAAACAUAGCCGCGAUCAAAACAACUCAUCUAAAUGCCUUUGUCCACCCGUGUCUUGAUGCUGCUUUGUGGCACAUAGCGGGGUUACAUUACAAGUAUGGAGAAGUCCCAUCUAAAUAUCACAUUGACAAAAACCUCACUGAUGGCAUUGGAUGCAUGACCAAUGCGGAUGAAUUCCAGCUGGUCUACGUUGAAGGAUUAAGGCCGGCGGCAAAGGAAGAAAAGGAGAUUGCUGAUGUCACAAAAAUUGCGCGUAACUUAAAGAAUAUUUUCGCAAGAACUGUCAAAGAAAUAAUCAAGAAUCGGAGGCGUCUGCUGAAAAAUUUAACUGUAUUUGGUGGUCAAAAAGCUGAUAAUGCCUCCACAGCCAAUGUCAAUUCAGGAAAUUAUUGCCUGAACGAAGUAGACAACGCAAAUCUUCCUCGAGAUUUCACAGAGAUGCAAGACUUCGUUUAUUUUUAUGAAUGCGUGGUGAAAUGGGCGCUGCUGGCUCGAAACGUCGUAAAGUCCUUUAACGAGGCAAGGAUAGAGAAGAGGCCUUCGCGCCUUUCGUACGCAGGCGGUCUACUCAAUAUGAUUGAUCCCUGA